AAGCGCUGUACCAAUUCUCCACUGCUUCACCGCAAAUUUGUGUUGAAAUUGCAGUCACACGUGGCGCUGGGAAAACAUUCGAAGACCGUUACAAGGUACGCCGUUGUGCAUGAAAGUGAUGUCGAAGGGAGGACUUAAUAUUUCUCAGGACGAAACAUUAAACAUGAGAGCCGUUCCGGAGAUGGAUGACGAUAAUACCCGAGGCGAGACGUCCCACAUGGGGGACCGUGGCCGAAGCAGCGUUAGCAGUAUUGACAGCGAUCCAGAUAUCAUGGCCUCGCCACACGGCCGCCUAAAUGGAGACUCAUUGAACCAUCCGCUAUUACCAGUAGAACAACCAAGAACCACUGGUUCAUCUUUCUUAAUAAGAGACAUUCUGAGCGACGUGAAACGUAUGCACUCUGAGCCACAGUUUAAAGGGAAGCCCGAGCAGGUGCUCGCUGAGCGGACGACAUCCCCAGCGAAUGUCCACGCCAUUUCACCGAUACAGAUUGCAUCCCCACGGAUCGAUAGUGAGGACUUGGUGGGCAUUAAUUCGUUAAAUUCGUUAAAGCGACGUUUUCCUGAAGACGAAAAUGACGCCGAUGACGAUGACGACGAGGAGGAUGACGAUGAUGAUCUUGUAGGAGUUAAAGAUGACGAAAUUAGUUCAAGCCGAGACAGCCCAUCGAACAAGACAAAGAAACAGCGCAAGGCGCGAACCGCCUUCUCCGAUCACCAACUCAAUACUUUAGAGAGGAGCUUUGAAAGACAAAAAUACCUAUCGGUCCAGGAGCGGAUGGAUUUGGCGUCGAGUCUAAAUUUAACAGACACGCAGGUUAAAACGUGGUACCAAAAUCGAAGGACAAAAUGGAAACGUCAAAUGCAAGUCGGGUUGGAAUUUUUUGAAGCUGGAAAUUUUAAUCCACUACACAGCAUUUUGCCACGACCGUCACCGUAUUUUUAUCACCCGAGUCAGAGUCUGCUGACGAAUAUGGAAAGCAUAUACAGCCUACACGGAGCUCAGAGGCCGAUGUUUCCCCGCAUUUUCCUUCAUGGACUUCAGCAGCACUUAAAUCAGCUUCCGGUAGCACCCAGACCUCUACAUCCGGGACAGCUACCCCACUGACACUGAUCGCCGCCAUGCAUCGUGGUGGUAAAAUAGACUUGUACCGAAACCAACAAAUAUUGUAUAUUUUUUAUGACAAACUAGAGUUUUCUGGACUUUUUAAAAGAAAUGGAUAAUGCCUGUAUAGCAACAAACUUAUCGCCAUAUAUUAUCAAAGCGUUAGGCUUGGUGUUUGCUUACCUGUGCCCAGUUGACUAGUAUAUAUAUACAUACAACAAAAACAAUGAUUCAGGGAAAAUUCUUGAUUUCAAGCACUUUAUAACGUAACUGAUAACAGUCAUAGUUGUUAUCACGCUUUAUGGAAUUUCCGACAGCCCGUUACUUUUGUUUUGCUCAGAAUGAAGCGGUUACACGUUGAACGGCGAUCGUGUGAUAAAACAUCUGUUUUUAUAAAUAUGAUAAAAAAACACACCAGUAACAUCAACAACAAUCACCAUAUCCCAUGAAAUCUUUCCCAAUUUGCCAGUUUUAUUUUGUUCUGAUUUAUUUAUGGGAAUAGAUAUGUGCUACCCAGCGUUUUAAGGUUAUACUUACACAUUGUUAAGUGGAAUGUCCCCAAAAACUUUCUUUAUUUCGAAGUUCAACUCUCCUAACUGUUC